UCAAAAUUGAGGUGGAGCUCAGCUCGUUUCCGGCAUCAUCUCCGGCGAAGACGUCACAUUCCAGUAACAAGAGAUGUCUAGAGAAAGCAAUAACAUACUGGUGGUUUCGUUCCCGGCGCAAGGCCACCUGAAUCCAAUGAUCCAGUUCUGCACGCACUUGGCCACGAAAGGCGUGAAAAUCACGCUCGUCCUCACGGAGCGGGCGAGCAAAUACCUUCAAACUCCGGCCGGCACCGCCUCCUUGAUCGAGGUGGAGCUCAUUCCCGACGUCCUCCCCGGAGGCGGCGUCGCCGAAGUUCCGUAUAAUACGGAGACGACGAUCGCGCAUCUCCGAGCGAGUUUUUCGGUAGGGUUACCGCAGGUGAUCGAGAGGCGAAAAUCGUCUGGAAAAACGCCCAAAUUGGUGUUGUAUGAUUCAAUUGUGCCGUGGAUUUUGGAAUUGGCGAAAGGAUGUGGAUUACAGGGCGCGGCGCUGUUCACUCAGCCUUGCUGCGUUAGCGCGUUUUACUAUCAUGUGUUCAACGGCCACGCGGGAAUUCCGCCGGGAAAUUCGGGAACCGCCGUGGUGUCUCUCCCUGGUAUGCCGCCCAUGGGCCCCAAUGAUUUGCCGUCUUUUAGCUACUUCAAAGAUGAUUCUCAGUUCGUUCAGUCCGUUGUUGUCAAUCAGUUCGUGAACAUCGAGCAAUUCUGCACGCACUUGGCCACGAAAGGCGUGAAAAUCACGCUCGUCCUCACGGAGCGGGCGAGCAAAUACCUUCAAACUCCGGCCGGCACCGCCUCCUUGAUCGAGGUGGAGCUCAUUCCCGACGUCCUCCCCGGAGGCGGCGUCGCCGAAGUUCCGUAUAAUACGGAGACGACGAUCGCGCAUCUCCGAGCGAGUUUUUCGGUAGGGUUACCGCAGGUGAUCGAGAGGCGAAAAUCGUCUGGAAAAACGCCCAAAUUGGUGUUGUAUGAUUCAAUUGUGCCGUGGAUUUUGGAAUUGGCGAAAGGAUGUGGAUUACAGGGCGCGGCGCUGUUCACUCAGCCUUGCUGCGUUAGCGCGUUUUACUAUCAUGUGUUCAACGGCCACGCGGGAAUUCCGCCGGGAAAUUCGGGAACCGCCGUGGUGUCUCUCCCUGGUAUGCCGCCCAUGGGCCCCAAUGAUUUGCCGUCUUUUAGCUACUUCAAAGAUGAUUCUCAGUUCUGGAUUGGAUCUUUCAAUAGUUUCGACAAGUUGGAAGAAGAGAUACUGAGAUGGAUGAGAAGUAAAUGGGCAGUAAAAACCAUAGGACCAUUGAUUCCUUCAAUGUACCUAAAAGACAACAAAGAAGAAGACCACAGAAUCAGCCUCUUCAAGCCCCUCUCACAAGCCUGCAUGGACUGGCUAACCACGAGACAGCCCAACUCAGUGGUCUACAUAUCAUUUGGCAGCCUCGCCUGCCUAACAGAAGAACAGAUGGCAGAAUUCGCCACCGCAUUAGCUGAGAGCAACCACAACUUCUUGUGGGUCGUCAGGGAAUCCGAAGAAACCAAACUCCCCAAAGAUUUCAAAUCCAAGACAUCAGAAAAAGGUCUAAUCGUAAAAUGGUGCCCUCAGCUCCAGGUCCUGUCCCACGGGACAAUCGCCUGUUUCAUGACGCACUGCGGGUGGAACUCGGCCCUAGAAGCGCUCAUGCUCGGGGUGCCGAUGAUCGCGGUGCCCCAGUGGGCUGAUCAGCAAAUGAACGCCAAGUAUGUUGUGGAUGUAUGGGAGACAAGAGUGAGACCAAAAGCUAACCAAAAGGGAAUUGUAACAAAAGAUGAAAUAAAAGGUUGCAUAAGGGAAGUGAUGGAAGAAGAGAAAGGGAAAAGGCUAAAGAGAAAUGCUGUGAAGUGGAAGGGAUUAGCAGAGGAGGCAUUGCUUGAAGGUGGAAGCUCUCACAGUACCAUAGAGCAUUUCAUCUCACACCUUUCAUCCAUUUGAGAACUCCCUUAUAUUUCAACUAGAUUU